AUGACCUUCCGUAAUCUUACCAGUGAUGAAGUUAACUUUAUGAUUUUCAGAUACCUCCAAGAGUCAGGUUUUAAGCAUACGGCGUUCUCUUUUGCCAAUGAAAGUGGAGUUCAAAAUUGCGCAUUCAGAGGCUCAGAAAUACCUCCCGGUGUACUCAUAUCUUUCAUACAGAAAGGUGUACAAUUUCUAGAGAUUGAAACCAGAAUCAGAAACAAAACGGAUCAGGUGAAUUAUGAUACCGUUUUUGAAAUGUUGCUUCCCGAAGUUCCAAAAGAAAAGCUUUUUGCUCGAACCAUUCCAGACUCUAUUGCGUCAUCCUCAACCACUAGUGCAUCCCUCUCUGGAACUACUACUGCUACACCCAACCGAUCGAAAUCAUCGGCACAAAUUGCCUCAUCAAUAUCCUCGUCUUCUCUUUCAAAUGCAGCCACCACUUCUUCUCUAACAACAACAACAACUUCCACCACUUCAACACCUUCAUCCACAACAACAGGCAGACGAAAGAACUCGAAUGCUGAGAAGGCCUCUUCGGGAAGUGCACGAAAUGGAAGUGGAAGGCCUUCGAAAAAAUCAAAACAAACACCAACACCCUCUGCCGCCACUACCACUGCGGCAGCUACCGCCGCUUCUACACGUGACUCACACGUCAUGCAAGAUGAAGAGGAUGCCGUAAUGACCAUGGCCAGCGGUGGUGCUGGUGCUGGUGGUACAGGAGUUGUACAGCAGGGAGCAACGCCAUCAUCGACCGAGGAUCAUCAGCAACUACCCAUCUUAAUUGAUGACAGUCAGGUCACAAAAUUGAAAGGUCACACUCACGAAGUAUUUAUUUGUGCUUGGAAUCCAGUUCGUAGCAAUGUUUUGGCAUCUGGUUCGGGCGAUUCAACUGCUAGGAUUUGGGAAUUGGUUAAGAAUGAGGUCGGAGCCCAAGCUGCCCCUGAUCAACCCAUCGUAUUACAUCAUGGUGAUCCUGUUCUUGACACAUUUAACCAGGCGACCACAAAAGAUGUCACUACAUUGGACUGGAGUGCAGAUGGCAAGAAACUUGCCACUGGAUCCUACGACGGAAAAGCUAGAAUUUGGACUGCUGAUGGUCAACUCAAAGCUGUAUUAGAUCAACAUAAGGGUCCAAUAUUUUCAUUGAAAUGGAAUAAGCAAGGCAAUUAUUUAUUGUCUGGAUCCGUUGAUAAUACUGCCAUUGUUUGGGAUAUUGAGACGGGCUCUGUAAAACAACAAUUUGCUCAUCACACUGCCCCUACCUUGGACGUUGAUUGGAGAAAUAAUACAUCUUUUGCAACAUGCUCAACCGAUCGCAUGAUUUAUGUUUAUGAGUUGGGUACUAAGGAUCCAAUUAGAACAUUUGCAGGUCACGAAGAUGAAGUGAAUGCAAUUAGGUGGAGUCCAAAUGGAAGUCUUUUGGCCUCAUGUUCUGAUGAUUUCACAGCCAAGAUUUGGUCAUUUGGAUCAUCAUCAUCAUCUUCUCAGAAAUGUGUUUUCGAUUUGAAGGAGCACACUAAGGAAAUUUAUACAAUCAAAUGGAGCCCCACAGGUCCAGGAACAGAUUAUCCCAAUAGGAAUAUGGUUUUGGCAAGUGCUUCUUUUGAUGCUACCAUCAAGUUAUGGGAUCCUACUGUUGGAAAAUGUUUGCACUCUCUCACAAAACACACUGAUCCAGUUUAUUCUGUUGCAUUUAGCCCAGAUGGUAAAUAUUUAGCAAGUGGCUCAUUUGAUCGCUUCUUGCAUAUUUGGUCAGUGCACGAUGGAAAACUUGUAAAGACUUAUCGUGGAACUGGUAGCAUUUUUGAAGUGUGCUGGAAUUCAACAGGUGACAAGGUUGCAGCUUGCUUCUCAAAUUCAUUAACUGAGGAAUUUAAUGUUUGUGUUUUAGAUUUCCACAUGUAA